CGGUAAAACUCGGUUCACGGCUCUUUCCUCCACAGGCGCGAUGGACCCCGACGAUAAGACCAUCUGCAUGUUUGUUCACCUCAUCCUCAACCAAUCCUCCAGCACGGAACCUAGGAAUGAACAAAAAGGGAAUGAGACAUGUGCUGUGCCUCAGGAGUAUAUUCUGCAUGCAUGUCUGUUGCCUUCCGUGUGCAUCGUACUGCUGUUCUCGUUCUUGGAGCGCAGACGGAAGCCUCACUGCUGUGGGCAGCGUUUCCCAUACCUCCGCGACCGAUUCGGCAUCGUCGUGCCUCUGGACUUCACUUUCUCGUUGAGAAAUCGAUGGUCGUACGCUUUCGCCAUUGGAGCCACGGCGCACCAAAUGAUUCACCUGUUCUUCCAUGACAUUAAGCUGAUGGAAGUGCCGAGGUGGCUUGAAGCUUGGGUGUAUCUGAUGGCUGCGUUUGAGGUGGGCGUGGAUUUUCUGCCCUUUUUCGUCUGUCUGUCAACAACACGGCGGGGACUGGGAGGAGCUUUGGGCCUGUUAUACACGCUCAUCUGGUUGAUUGUGCAAGUCUGGAAUUUCCACUGUGAUCAUAAAUUAUGCAAUGCAAGUCAAUUUAGUACUAGGCAGUACUGUUAUGUGUGGUCAAUGUGGUGGUCAACUAUCCUGUGUCUGGGUUGCCUCUUGGGGCGCUUUGCCUUCAUGCUAGCGAAGAGCAUCUACAUCUGCCUACAAAAACGCAACAAACAGUUGGAGGAAGAUAAUAUUCUUCAGCCCCAUCAAUUCAAAUAUGUACAGAGACUAUUCAGACAGCUUCCUGAACGGUCCUUGGAGAAGACCUGGUUCCAGAGGAAGGUGUACGACUGGGAUCCCUAUUUUAAAUUCCCCAACAGAAUGAUCGCCACUACUGUCAUGUCCGUCAUUGGACUCUAUGUGUUCAUUUCAUAUGAGCAGGUUUUUACUUCACUGAUCAUUGCGGAGAUCCAGAGUAUAUCAAGUGGAACUGGACUACAAACUAGUUAUUUUGCAACUACCUGGUAUGUCACUACAGCCUUAGCUGCGUUGUCGUCUGUGGCGCACAUCGGCCACGUUCUGAUAUGUUACAAGAAGCACGUGAAGAGACUGUGGGCGGGGAACAAAAGCUUUGUGCCAGAGAAGUACCACACGCUGAACUCUUCUGUUAGCGUGGCUGCCCUUGCGAGGUACCCUGGCUGCCAGAUAGCUUACACAAUGUGGGGUUAUCUCAUUGUGCACAUGGGCCUAUUUGUGUUUGGGAUCAUCACUGUGUAUGUGGUUAUUUAUCCGAUCGAGAUGUGUGGAUUUAUCAUCUGGCUGCGACUAGCACUGUUGUUGAUGUCAGGUUUCAUCAUAAUGUUGGUGUUGGUUGGAGUGCAAGUUGUGCUGGUGCGGGUUUUCUUCCUGCAGGACAGACUCUCCCCUGAGGACCCGCAGAAGCCCCUUGCACUCAACAACAGGAAAGCCUUCCACAACUUUAAUUACUUCUUCUUCUUCUAUAACGUGAUCUUGGGACUGGGGAGCUGCGUCUUACGGCUGCUGGCCAGUGCCUAUGUCAGUUUGCUGUUGGUGUCGCGCAUCAACCGGACCAUCAUGCCAAAGGGUUAUGAGCUGUUUGAUAUAGGCUACCGUACGUGGAUAGGAAUGAUCAUGACGGAUCAUUACCAUAACAACCCGGUUCUGAUCUGUUUCUGCCACCUCCUGCUCAAACGCACUCUGGAGAGACAGACAGCCGUACAGGGAGGCAGACAGGCUUACUCACGCUUAAACAGCUCUUCAGGGAGUCCACUAGAGGUCAGAUUCCGCGCCCGCUGGCUUCUCCUCUACACUCUCUUGAGGAACCCCCAACUCAUCCUGCUGAGGAAGCGCGAAAAACGCAACAACAAACAGGAACAGCUGGCCGUAGUCUGGGUCACGAUGCAGACACAACAAGCAGACGCAGCGGCCGUCGUCCAGUCUACUGACUGUUCGCUCUUACUGUAAAACCCUGAUUUUAAAACAGAGGCCACUAUGAAAUAUACAGUAUAUGCACAUAUGACCACAAACACCAACUGCAAGUUGUAUUAAUGCAUCAAAGUUUCUACAAACACAAAGGCCCAUUGUGUAGGUAUCAUAUUGCUUGGCAACCAUAACCAAUCACAGUGUUUCCCACAGGAUUUCAUUUACAUUUACGGCAUUUGACAGACGCUCUCAUUCAGAGCGACUUACAGUUUGAUCAUUUUACACAGGUAGGCCAAGGUGGUGUUAGGAGUCUUGCCCAAGGACUCUUAUUGGUGUAGUGUAGGGCGCUUCAAAAUAACAUACUCAACAAACAUGCUUAGAAACUGCAGAAUACAGUCUGUUUACAGCCUGUUUUACGCAAACAAAUGUUUAUACGUAUCAGCAGAUAUCAGAAUGUUGGUAUCUGAUUUUUUUUGUUAGUAUUAAAUGAAUGGAAUCAGCCUGAUACCCAAUGCCAGUACUGGUAUCGAUGCAGGCCAAGUAAGAAUAUUUCCGCCUCAUUGUAAAACUGGCAUGACAAAUUUAGACUAUGAUGGGCCGUCAUAGUCUUGAUAAUUAAAGGGAAACCUUGCUAUUGUUAACAAACUACAUUGCUUACAGUAUUAAGCUGCAUUGUUGCCAGUAUGUUAUUCAGAUACUGUUUUGCCCAAAGUAUUGAAACUGGGGAAACUGUUUUGUAUGGUUGUUUGUAUUUCCUUGUUCUAAACAUAUGACCCUUGUGGCCUUAUAUAUAUUUCAGGCUGGGUUUCAUGCAAGUAGUUCACACUUUUUAGAUUUUUGUAUAUUUUU